AUAGCGCUCGUUAACGCUUACAUUAUCCACCGGGAACACAACCAGAGACUAGGGAAGUCUGGCUUGAGUCAUUCGGAAUUUCUCACAACGCUACAUGCCCAACUUCUGGCAACGCAACCAGAAGAUAUGCUGGAAUCACCGAUGGUACGUUAUUUGCAGCAGUUUUUGGUAAAUUUGUCGAACCAUGAACCCACUGAAACGCAAGACUUUCAAGUUGAAGUCGGAAAUCCUAACCGCAAGCGGAUGCAUCGAGCAUGUAAGGUCUGCAGCUUACUGGCCCCACAAGGAAAGAGGGGGAAAAAUACCAAGUGGUACUGUCGGGCUUGUUCGGACGGUCACACCGGCGAUGUUUAUCUCUGCCAAAUGGUGCGGCAUGAGUCAUUCGGCGAAAAGAAGUCGUGCUAUGCAAUUUGGCAUGAGCACUGGGAUUGUGGAAAGAGUAUCCCGGUGAACCUUGACAAGAAAUUGCAGUUCCGAAAACCUACAGGAAAGCGACGCAGCUCGAAACAAUCCUCGCACGGACAUGGCGGUUAA